UAUAUGCAACCAAACCAAAACAACCAAUUUUGUUUGGACAUGGCGGAACAUGCAAUUGAAAGAAAUGUUAAGCCAAAACAAUAAGAUGCCAUUAGAUCUAGUUUAUACUUUAUUAUAUUUAUGCAUUUACAUUUUACAAAUUGCAUCAGCUCAACAAGGUACCAGUCAGAAUAUCUCAUGUAGAAGUAACUUAUCCCCUGCAAUUGUUCAAGCUGUGACUUUUAAACCAGCCAGGGCUACAACAUACAGAACAUCGUUCACAUCUAUCAUUUCCUUGAGUGUGCCAGUGGCCAGAUUAGAUUUUUCUUGUCAUGCUACCAUUGUGGCCACAUUGGAGGAAGCUGAGUCAGCUCUCCAGAACCCAAACUGUAAUUUCACUAGCUCAACUACAACUUCUACGACAACCACCACAACAACCACUACCACUCCAACUACCACUACUGCAACACCAACAACCGCAUCCAAUGAUACUUUUGGUAAUUUGACCACUGCUGCUUCUACUGCUACAACAACCACUGGCACUACUACUUCUCCUACUGCUCCACCAGAUCCAACAUCACGUUGGUUGACUAACAAUGUCACCAUUCCGAUAUCUCCAUUUUCCACUGGUCUCUACACUAAUGUCACCACGUAUCGCGAGAAGGCACCCAUUGAUAUCCGGAUGGAGAUAGUUGUCACCACAUGCUGUGCUUCAGCCAACAGUGAUCCCCUGUUACGUAACCUAAAGGCAGCCUCUUACAUUGUGGCACACCUGGCCCCUUAUGUAUGUUCUGGUUGCACCAGUGAAAAUGUGACAGAUCCUACAGAAGAAAGAAUAUUCCAGAACCCUGGUUAUGUUGAAGUAGCCCCAUGUCCCUGUGAUCUGACCCAGUAUUCUUGCGACAUCAACUGCUGCUGUGACACAGAGUGCAGUACUGUUCAAAAAGCCAGGUUCUCUUCUUGUCUUGCUGGCUUGCCAGGAGGCAUGGCACCAGAUGUUGAGGAUUACAAGUGCUCCACCAGUGCAUUUAAUCCCACUGACUGGCAUCUGGUCACUUGUGUCUACUGGGAGAACAAUGGCUACCUAGGGAUGUACUAUCAAAAUCGCAAAAAGCUGAGAAGCUCAGAGGAAAUUUCAGCUGAAGUGAAGCAGCUAAAGGGGAAAUUUUCUUUGAGAGAAAAUGAAAAGAGAUACCAGGACACUCUUCGCAGUAAUUACACUUACGGCACCAUUAUCAAGACUUUUCGCCAGGACAACACAGCUGGGACAUUGUCCCUUCCUCAGACAGUCCCAGGUGGAGCCUGCAACCCACUGAUUCCUGUACAGUUUCUGGUGGACACUAUCUCAACUUGCGCAACCACAGUGACAGACAGUAUAUGCAAUGAUUUGUCAGUGCUGAGCAGUAAAGUGUAUGCUAAUGGUUGUUCUGAAUCUAUGAAGAUAUCUAGUACAGGGACUACCAAUACUCAAGCCAUUACUGAAGCGAGAUAUUACUGUGCUACAGACAUAAAAGAUUACCUGGCAAAUGUGCAGACUGGUACAUCAUCAUCCAAAGAAACAGACAUAACACAUCUAGCCGGACUUAAUUGUACAGAUGCAUGCUCUGAACAGGCAUGCUGGGAAUAUAAUGUCAACAAAACCUACCAGAGUACAGCCCAGCUACCAGCUCGUUGUUCUUGGGAUGAUGGUGCCAGUGUUUUAGGGCCGAAUGGAAAUGGAGUCUGUAAUAAUGCUGUUCUAGAAGUCAGAUACAACUUUGAAUGGUCAGGUACAACCAUUUCAAAGGUUACAGCUGAUAUUGUUCUAGCCAAUGUAACUGCAGGUACUCAAGUGGUUCAAAAGUUUAGUUCUACCUGGCAAGCUAAGACCAACUCAGGGGUUCUCAAGUCUGACAAUUAUCUGAACACAACAUCUGCUUACCAGAGGUCAGGCACUGCAGGUUAUAAUUUUGGAAAGCCUAUAUCUAGUGGAUGCUUAUCUGGAAAUUCUACUUCUGUUGACACUGUGGUACAUAAACAAAUGUCAGUUUUCUUGCCAGGUGCUGAUGGUCUGUGUGAAAAUGCCCAAAGAAAACCUUUGACUUUUGGUGAUGAACUGAUGUCAGCAUGUGCCCUAAAACUAUCAUUUUCUACAUUGAACAAUGUCUGUGAUAAUUUAAGGACCUACAUCAGCAACCAACUGAAUGUUCUCAUGGCAGCAAAUAGAAUUGGUCGCUAUGGUUACAAUGAUCCAAGCAACUCCAGCAUGUGGAUACCUGUUAUAAGGCAAUCACUAGAAAACACCACUGAUCAGUUAAUGACGACAGCUGCCCCUGUCAAUGGCACAUUUAGUAACACAACAACUGCUAAUGUGACAGAGCCUCUUCGUUCUUGGGCCAACAACAUCACUGGUGUUUGUUUUGUUCCCACUGGCAUUCACUUGCAUAUCAUGUAUGCACAGACUGGGGCGGUGAAUGACUUUCCUCGAUAUGAGGUCACUGGGGCUUAUAUCAGCUACAGUCAGUCCAACUGGACAUUAAAUUGUGCUGGAUCCAACAGCGCUGCAUGCACUGUAAAUUCCAGUGUACAAUCCUUCUAUCUGACAAGCACUGUGAGGUACAUCCGCAUUCCAGCAGAUCCAAAACCUUCACAAAACAAAUUUUAUGCAAGCUGUGAUCCAGAUAAUUUUGGGUCUGACACUUGCGAGCGCUUCUUCACCACAUUCAACCAAGGAGAGUGCUAUUACGACACUUGCUGGCAAGAACUGGCUUAUCCAGUCACCUCCCUGUACCAGGGAGAGUCUCGGAUGUACACUCUACCCUUCUUCCUGGUCUUUGUGCUGGGGGUCAUAGGCUACGUGUCAGUGGCUAGGCCAGGCUGGAGUUGAUAGGGAACAUGUGAAGAUAGUUGGAUAUAUUUGUAAGUUUAAAUGUAUAAGACAUUUGUUUGUGCUUCCAAAGAAUAUGGUACAUUGUUAUUCUGUUUCAACAGCCUAAAUUGCUUUUUUAUUAAAAAUAAAUAGUCCAAGCUUUUUGUUUUAAACCAUCUGUUGAUAUACAAAAAAAAAAAUGAUGAAAAUGAAAAAGAGGAAAAUGUGUAUUCCUUGGUGCGAGCUUGAAGGGCUUGUUUUAUUUCCACUAUGAUAUAGAAUAGCUAAAAAUUUGCCAAUGAAAAGUGUUUUUAUGUUUAUACACUUAAUGUAUGAAAGUAACUGUUCAGUACUUUUGUUCUAAGCCUGUAACUAAUCUGUGUAGGGGAUUACUUAUAACAUAUCAUGCCAUAUACAGAUUAUAAAAGGUUCAUCUUGUCUGUAAGCUCAAUGCUAUUUCAUUAUUGAUUAUGGAAUAAAUGUCACCUUGAAUGUUUUUUUGUUCUAUUGCUUGAAUGUGAUGAGCAAAUACUUUUUAGUUCAAUUGUUCUUAUUAAAGAAAAAUAACAAAUUUUCCGUCCAUUAAAAAAAUUAUUUUGCUAUUCUAAAUUAUUUGUAUACAAUUUUUAACAUGUCUACUUUUAUUUUUCAAUGUGCAUUUGAUAUUUGAACCUUUAAAUAAGAUUCAGAUCAUAGCAUAAGUACCAUUGGGUUGUUUAUCAUUUUGUCAAAAUGACAUUUAAAAAAAUAUUUUUUCCUUUUUUUUCUUUCUAAAUGUCUACAAAUAUUUAUAUGGAAUUAGAUAAUAAAAAAUAAAUAAACUAAAGUGUGUUCUAGGCUUGAAUGUAACUAUUUUGCUUUAAUUUUUUUUUAAUCAUUUUUUUCUAUGUUCUUGCAUAAUAUAAUUUGGGUGUUCCAAACAGGAACAGUUACUAAGACUUAAUUUUGGGCCAGUGAUGAUAAGGUUUAACAGAAUCUGAUGCUGAAAUCAAAUCAAUAAGUUGCAUUGAAAAAAAAUGCUUUUAAAAAUAUGCAUUAUCAAAAUUUUUGUUUCAAUAGAAUGUGGAAUUUGUACAAGAAUGAUUGUAUUAUAUGUUAUGGUGCUAGCAUGGAUGGCUGCCUGGUGAUGUGGUAUGCACUCUGCACUGUAGGAACAUCUGAGAAACAUAAAACAAACGAAGAAUGCUGAUAAAAUAAUUCUUAAAAGACAAAGAGAGCACUACCUCGUUUCCUGCUACUGUAGCUGCAAGAUGAGAGUGACAUUGAACUACUUUUUCUUAAUGAUGGCUGAACUGUUGAGUGUUAAUCUCUCUCUCUCUGUGGCAUUUUACGUCUCGAGAGAUGAUCUUUUCCCUUUGCAACUUCUUGUGAGUGUUAAAAGGUUUUAGAAAAACAAGUUUAUUAUUGACUUGAUAUGGAAUUUAUUCUUUUUCCAUUGACCGUUUAUUAAUAUUUAAUGUAUGUAAUUUUUAUGAUAAGAUGUAAUUUUGUUUCAAAAAAUGCAUAUUAUUGUAUUUGAAAUGUUUAAAAUGUUAAAAGCAAAUGUAUGACUUAAGGAAUGGAUGUCUUUUAAGUUUAGUUGGGGGAAAGUAAAGACUGUUGGUCAUUUAAUAACAACUAAACUAGAUUGUAAAAUUAAAAAUAAAGAAGGUUAGUGGGUAGAAAUUGUUUGCAGCAAUUUACAGAGUUGAGGAUUCCUCAGUCAUCAGUCUGCUUAACAAUCCAAAGCAUCAGAAGUUGUAGAUAGAAGUUUGUCCCAUCUGUAGUUGUUUUUAGCUCUUGUGGAUUUUUUAGGUAUGUGCACAUUGAAAUUAUUUUACCAACUUAGUUUUGUAACUAGCACGUAAUAGUGACAAAUGGAGCAUGAAAGUUAGAUACACAGUUGUGUAGGAGAAAUGCCAAUUUACUAUUUAUAAUAUAUUUAUAAUACUUAAGCAAAUUUGUUUUACAAUAGUAUAUUUUACAUUACAAAAAAGCUGAUGCAAAUGUGUGUAUAUUCACAUUCCUAUGUUGUAUUUGUAUAGAAUUUGUAAAAGUUAAAUUCUGAAAGAUUGGCUUUUGUUUUGUAUUUGUUUAGUGAUUGGUGGCUUAUAUUUUCUAUGUGAUAGUAAAAUGUUCAAAUCAUG